AUGAAGAAUCAUUUGUUUUAUGUUAGCUCCUUUUUGAAAGGAGAAGGAGUAAACAUGUUGAAUCAGUUUAGGUAUACAUACCAUACUAUUAAUAAAAUGAGCAAAGAUAAAAACAAGAAUUGUGUUAUUGGAAGAAAACAUUAUGUAAAGAGGAAUUUAAAAAAGAAAGAACGAGAGGAUGAAAAAUUUAUAAAAGAUGAAUUAUAUAAAAAUAGUUUUUUAGAAUAUAAUUUUAAAACUGAUAUAUAUUUAAAAUUAAAUGAAUUAGGUAUUAUGAAUCCUUCACGUAUACAAAUGAAUGUGAUACCUUUAUUACUAAGUGAAAAAAAAAAAAAUUAUCCAACUAAUAAUAAUAAUAAUAAUAGUAAUAAUUAUAGUUAUUGUAAUAGUGAUAUGUUUCAUCGAGAUGGUAUUAUAUCCAUAAAUAGAAAUAACAUUUACAAUCAAAUAUUAAAGAAUAGAAUAGAAAUAAAUAACUAUCUAAAAAAAAAUAAUAUAUUUAUACCAGACAAUUAUAAUAUAUAUAAUGUUGAUAAAUAUAAAAAUGCAAAUAAUAUAGAUUAUAAUUAUAAUUAUAAUAGCAACCAUAAUACACACCAAGGAUAUAAUCUAAUGUAUCGUUUGAAAGAUGAUAAAGAAAAAAUUAUAUCUAUGAAUGAGAAUAAAGAAAAAUGCUUUAAUGAUGUAUACCUAAUUGUUAGCCCCAAUAAUAGUGGAAAAACAUUAAGUUAUUUUCUUCCUAUAUUAGAUAAUUUUUAUAAAACUAAUGAACGUAUAAUGAAAUAUUUAUUAAAUUUUUAUCAUUUUUUAAAUAAAUAUAAUUAUAAGAAAUGUAAAAAUAAAUUAUAUAGAAAAAAAGAAAGGUUAAGAUAUAUUCGUGGUAGGAAAGAUGAAAAUCUUUUUUUUAAUAUAUCAUAUGAGAAAUAUAAAGUGAAUAAUAGAAUUAUACAUAUGCGUACAUAUAAAAAUUAUAAUAUAAAUAAUAGUUAUAUAAAAAAUAAAAGGAAUAAUCAAUUAAAUAGUUUAAGACAUAAAAAAAAUAUUUUUUUCCCAUAUGCUAUAAUUUUAACAAAUACAAGAGAAGCAGCUUGUGAGCUUUUUUCUUUAUUAAAACAAUUCGAUAUAAAUAUUGAAUUAUUGAGUGGAGGAUAUUUAAAUAAGAAGAAAUCUAUAAAAAAAUACCAUGUAGAAUAUUUUUCUGAUACAAAUAGAAAUUAUAAUGAUAAAGAAGAAAAUAUAUGGAGAGAUACUUCUUAUAGAGGUAGGUAUGAAUAUGUCAGAAAUAUAAAAGAAAAAACAAAUGAUAAAACAAAAACCUCUGGAGGGAAUGAGCGAAUAAAUUACAAUAUCGAUCUUUUGAUAGGUACUCCAGAUAAAAUAUUUGAAAAAAUGGAAAAUAUCAAGAAUAAACAUUUAUAUAAUUUCAAAUUUUUAAAAUAUUUUAUUAUUGAAGAAUCAGAAUCGUUAUGUAACGUUUUUAAUGAGAGAAAGUUACAAUUAUUAUUUAAUCAUAUUAAAAAAUAUACAAAUAUGUAUUAUUUUGGGGGAUUACAAAAAGGUGAUGAAGAUAUGGAAUAUCAAGAUAAUAAGGAAGACAAUAAAUAUACAAAUAAAUUGUUGGAUAAAUGUAUUGAACAGAGUGAUGAGGGGUGUGGGAAAAAAAUACGAAAGAGGGUAUCUGGGAAUAGGUUCGCAAUUAAAGAAAUGGGUGUAAAUGAAGAUACAUAUGAACAUGAGAUGGGCGACAAUAAAAUGAUGGAUAUUAAAAAUAAGGAUCAUAUGAAUGAUGGUACUGAUAAGGAUGAUACAUGUAGUAUUAAUAAUAAAGAUAAGGUGCAAGACAAUUUAAAUAAAAUGUAUAGUUCGCAUAAUAAUAAUGAUUAUAUAAAUACACAGCAAGAUGUUGAUGAUGAAAUAGAAAAAAAAAAAAAAAAAGAUGAACUACCUCCCAUUUUAGAAAAAGGAAAUAAUAAGGAAAACAAUAUAAAUAAUGAAAAAAAAAAAAAAGAUAUACAUAUUGAUAAUAUAAAUAUUAAAAAUAUAAAAAAUACUUUAUAUUCAAAUAUACCUAUUAGCAUUUUUGUUUCAUCUACUAAAACGUGUGCUAUUUCUGAAUUUUUAAAUAACAAUAUAAGGAGUAAAUACAUUCAACAAAUAAUAAAUAUAAAUAGCCACAAUAUUGAUAAGGAUAUGAAACAUAUAUUUAUUAAUAGUAAAAAUAAGGAGAAAGUAUCUUUAUUAUUAGAAAUACUUAAUAGUAAAGAAAUAAAUAAGGGUAAUAUAUCAAAUAAUUACAAGAAUAAUUUAUAUGGAAAUAUAUUAUAUAGUGGAACAAAUUGUACGUUUGUUUGCAGAUAUGUAAUAUUUUGUAAUACUAGAAAGAGUGUAAUGAAUAUUCGAGAAAUCCUAGAAGAAUUAGAAUAUAAAGUAAGUUAUAUACAUAAUGAAAUGAAUUAUAAAGAUAGGAGUAGAAAUUAUCGAGAUUUUAAAAAAGGAAAAACAAAUAUAUUAAUAUGUACUAAUAUAUUAAGUAGAGGUGUUACAUUUGAUAAUUGUCAAAUAAUAAAUUAUGACUUAAGUAAUAAUAUAAAUGAUUAUAUAUAUAAAACAAAAAAUAUUUCUGGAUCGUCUAAUUUAGAUAAAAAUAAUAAUACCAUAACAUCCUUUUUUAAUAAAAAAACUACAACUAUUGUUAAUGAUAUAAUUGAAAGAACGAGCGAUAAGAAACAAAUUACCUUUCAAAAUUUGAACAAGAAAGUAAGCAAAAUGUUAAAACUACAAAGUAAAUAUUAUGAUAUAGUUAAAAAAAAAAAAAAAUUUCAAAAACGAGGUGGAAGAAAAGCAUUACAUAUUGCUCCUAGAAGAAAUUGUUUAAGUAAAAAGAAUAAAAUACUAUCUAAGAAAUUAUAUUUUUAUCAUAAAAUGGAAAUAGAAAGAAAAAGAUUAAUAAAAAAAGGUAUACUUAAAGGUCAUGAAAAAAUUCCAAGAUAUCCAAAUAGACAAGCACAAGUAUAUGAUAGUAAUGAAUAUAAUACCAUGAAUAAAUUAAACGAUGGAUCAUUACAAAUACUAGCCAAAAAAAGAAAAACAAAGAAAAAUAUAACUAAAAAUAAUGAAAUACAAUAUGAUCAAGAUACUAUUGUAUUGGAUAAUAUGCCUACAUAUGAAGACGAAGCAAAUGUUAAGGAAAAAAAAUAUCAGAAGAAAACUUACUUUUAA